CACAUAAGCAGGGUGGCUUCGGGGGCCGAAGAGGAACGAGGCUCUGAGUAUCUUUUCCGAAGAUAAGGCUCCCUGAGAAUUGCUUCCAGAUUAUCACGAGAGUAGAUAUCGCACAGCUCCAGUAUCUGUAUUUCCAAUCAGUUCAGAUUUCAAAAUGUGGUUCAAGUCUUUAGUAGCGCGGAAAGCUGUCAACCCUACUCCUUUCUCGUUCGCUCCAAGCCAAUUUUGGGAAGGCAAUGAUGGAACCUGGUCGACAUUCAUAGUUCGGAUAGGCACACCGCCUCAGACAUUUCGGGUGCUUCCUUCCACUGUUGGAAUACAGACUUGGGUGCCUGCGCCUGAAGACUGUGCAUUGUUAAACAAAAACGUCGAAGACUGCUCGAAUUUGAGGGGAGUUCAAUUGUUUGAGAACGGCUGGACUGGUGGAUUCAUGGUAAAUGAGUCCUCAUCCUGGGAUUCAAUCGGUCUCUUCCAGCUGGGACUCGAGAACAGCCUCAACUACACUGGUAACGGGAGAUAUGGGUUCGAAACUAUUGGUCUCGAGAUUCAAAACAGCGGAGGCCUCACAUUACAGCACCAAGUUGUAGCUGGGACUGAAGGACUAGAUUUUAUGCUUGGAAUUUUCGGCCUUGGUCCUCUUCCCACCAAUUUCUCAGACUUUAACGAACCUCAACCCAGCUACAUGUACUCGCUCAAAAACCAAAGCCUCAUCCCUAGUCUAUCAUUUGGCUACACGGCAGGUGCUCCUUACCGAGACAAAGAAGUCCUUGGCAGUCUCACACUCGGUGGAUAUGACUCUUCCAGGUUCAAACCAAAUAACAUGAGUUUCACUUUCGGGGCUGAAGAUGCCGGAAGUUUAUUGGUCGGCCUCCAGGCAAUUCAAGCGGAUAAUGCUUUAGACGGUGUUGUAGAACUUUUGCCAAAAGGAAUAAUUUCCUUGAUCGACUCAACGGUACCAGAAAUUUGGCUUCCAGUCGAGGCUUGCGCUCUGUUUGAAACUUCUUUUGGACUUGUGCACGAUCCACAUACCGACCGUUAUCUGGUGAAUGACUCUAUUCACUCUCAACUACAGACUUUAAAUCCGAGUCUGACAUUUCAGCUUGGAAAUGAUGUUUAUGGUGGGGAGAGUAUCAACAUUGUUCUACCAUACGCGGCGUUUGACCUUCAAGCAAGCUACCCGCUCUAUGUGAACACGACAAAUUAUUUUCCACUUCGGAGGGCUGCGAAAGACUCGCAGUAUGUGAUAGGACGGACUUUUCUCCAGGAGUCAUACAUAAUUGCGGAUUAUGAACGCCAAACAUUCACCGUGUCACAAGCCCAAUUCUCGAACAAUGCAACUUCCACGAUAGUAGCCAUCUUACCACCCUCUACCUCCAAGAGCUCAAAAAUCAGCCAUGCAGCCCUUGUUGGUAUCGUCGUUGCAAGUGUAAUUGUUGGUCUCUUACUACUCUUGGGUGGCGCUUUUGUCGUCAAACGAUCGCGAAAGCAGAAGCACCAAACUCAACAGGCGGAGGAGGAAACAGAAACAAAGCUUGCAGAAAGCCUGCACUCGCCAAUUCUUCUGGAACCGAACGUUGCGCAGUUGCCAGGUUCGGAGGCUCAUGAAGUUUUAGGGAGUAGUAAUUUUAGCCAAGAGCUUGAGACUGCGAACUUUGUUCAUGAGAUUGGGGGGAAUGUCUUGUCGGAAUUACAUGGGACGAGUCGUCAUUAG